ACGACUGUUAUUAUAGAGUUCAAACAUUAAUUUUCUUUUGAAGAUAUAUAGGAUUGAAAGUUGUAGUAAAAUAGCAUUUUAACUAAAUAGUGUAGAAACGACCUCCGAAAAAAAUCCGAAAAAAAGAAAGAAAGUGAAAGUAUCUUCGAAUAACAUUAAUCUACAUUCAAUGUUUAUUGUACGAUAAUAAACCUAAGGGGAAAAGUUUGGGAACAAAACAAAACUACUUUUUGGCCGCAUACAUAACCAUACUCAACAUUGACCGCGCUGCCUGCAAAGCUGCAAUAAAGUCUAAUCAAAAGAAAGAAUCAUUGUUAUGUUUCAAGGGAAAGUAUUAUUGCAUGUUGACACUAUGUUGCUCUUCGGUCAUCACUCCUACACACCAACAUUGAAUCAAACCAACAAACGACACCAAUUACGCCAAGGUCAACCGUUGAAGAAGAAAAAACACACCAUUCAAGCUGGUGUUUGUUGUAUGUUUAGUGGCUUCGUUGUUAGAUAAGAUUAGACAUUAUACCAAUGAACUUCAACAUAACGUUAACUGGCGUCCGUUACGAGUGUUUGUGUGAGACAAGGGUACGCGCGUGUUGUUUUCAUUCAACCAGUUCAGUCAGUACAUUUCAGAAUCUCCUCCUCGAUAGUCUACCCCAAAACGAAACGAUCCAUAAUUAGAAAUGGCACAAGAUCGGAAAGAGAAAUUCCUAACAACGGAACUGGUAAACAACAUCAUUCAAACGAAUGACGAUCUGAAAAACUAUCGUGUAGUGUCCGACAGUGACUGUACACUGACCACGCCGCAAGGUUUGGAUGGAUUCAUGUCGGUCAUACACCGGCUAACAUUAAACCUAACACAUUCCAUCACCGGUGCUACGAGAUGCCUUACCGUGAUGGUAAAGGUGAUGAAAGGUGACGAUGAUUUUCGGAAGAAAUCGCUCGGACUCGUACUGUUCCCGAACGAGAUAAACGUAUAUUCCGCGGUGAUACCGGCAUUCGAACGAUUGAUACGCAAUGCCAAUGCUGUGCUCGAUCUUCGUACGCUUUGUCCACGGAUAUAUCUGGCUGAGGCUGGUGUGAAAUAUCCCACCUACAGCGAUCAAGAAGAAACGUUCCUGGUAAUGGAAGACGUCUCAGAAAGGGGAUUCGUACCGGGACCACGACUCAACCUAGACCAACCGCAUCUGGAGCUAAUGGCCCGCAAGAUAGCACAGUUUCACGCGUGCUCUUAUGCUCUUCGCAUCGGUGGCCAGUCGGAGAUACUGCGCGACUUGGUGAAACGGAUCAUUCCACUUAACUUUCUGCAGGAUGGUAAAAUCUUUUUCGAAAGUUACGACAUCGUGUUUAAGGUCGUUUUCGAACGACUGUUUGACUACUUUGACAAGCAUCCAGAGUUGCUCGAACCAGAUAGUGUACGUGAUCGUGUUCAAACCUUACGGUGCAAGUAUGGUGCAACUCCUUCGGAAUUGAUGCAACGGUGUCUCGAGCGGGACGACGUCUAUUCGGUGAUUCUACACGGCGACUACAAUCGCAACAACGUUCUGUUUCACUAUAAAGACGAUGCGCCUCAAGAUGUAAUGCUUAUCGAUUUUCAGGAGAAUCGAUAUGGCUCUCCAGCUCUCGAUCUGUCAUUCUUCAUGUACAUGAACAUGCCACCGGAAGCAUGGGCUAAUGGAGGCUGGGAACAUUUGCUAACCGUGUACCAUCAGGAAUUGAUGCGGUGUCUGUGUGACAUCGUGAAACUGCAGCCAGAUGAUCAGAUCUUACAACCGUACAGGUUCGAUGCAAUGAAGCAGCAUCUUCAAAAGCACUUCAUUUAUGGUGCAAUCAUUGCGAUCAAAUUUCUGCCCUGUAUGCUGGCCAACGAACAGGAAGUACAGGAGAUUGUGCAUCAUUUCCAUACGGAUGUCACCUCGGAUGCGUUCCGUCAGAUUUAUCUGAUUGCAGGAGGUGAGAAAGUGAAUGAUAGAAUCUCCAAAGUGAUGCUCCACGCUGCUGAGCAAGGUUAUUUAGACAUGUUGAUGUGAUGUAUAAAUAGUUCAACCAAUCAGUAAAUAAUAGUUUCUCUGCAAAGAUGAUGGUUUUUAUUGCACAAUUUAUUGUUUAAAAAGGCAUGGAACAACAAUAUUUCCCAAAAAAAACCUUCACAAUAAAAGCUUUUCUCAGUUCAUUUUAUACCACUGCACAAAAUAUUAUGAAAUAAAGGGCAAUUUGUUUUCGACCCAUAAUACACUAAUCAUAAGUAUGUACCCGAAACACGAAAGAACAAACUCAACAAAUUGAUAAAUUUGCUUCCGUGUCGCAUCGGAUUCGGUGAA